GAAAAAAGAAACCAAAAAAAACCACCUUUCUCAUCUUUUUCUAUUAUUCUGUCUGUACAUUUAGUUCAGUUUAUGGAGAAAGGCGAUAUUCUGUGGGGUUCUUUGACGGAGGAGCAAAGUUUGACAGAAAAAGAAAACACAGCAUCAGGAAAGAAAAACGAGGUUACAGAAACAACCAAAAAUAAUGCUAUAGAAGUACGUCAACCACUGCGAGAGAAUCAAUCGAUUGCAGCGGCGGAUAACACAAAUACCACCGGACUGGACGGCGAGAUAGAUUAUGAUCAAGAAAACAAUAGUGAACUUAAUGGUAGCACGAAUGUAGCCACAGCCAUUUGUGGAUGCGGUAAAGUGUUAGGAAAGGAUUGGCAGUGCGUCGCUUGUAGGAAACAAUGCCCUACCUGUAAUAGAUCCUUCUGUUUAUAUUCUGAAGAAAUUUGUACUCGAUGCUACCAAAAUUGUGAGUACCAUGGCUUGUAUAUGAUACCCAAUGGCACCAACCCCAGCGACAAUGCUAUUUCUGCCAGUCAUUCUGCAACAUCAAAUUGUCCUUUUCGUCAUAGAAAGGAAUAAGAUGACAAUUAUCUUCAUAAACUAACUGUAAUUUACAAGAAAAUACAUAUAAUCUGAUACGUCUAAAGCUCCAUGUUGGUUGUAUACGCCGCCUUUUAUCACAAUUUUUAACUUUGUACUAUAUUUUUGCGAAUACCACUCUCUAAAAGCUGUUUACCUAACAAAGUAUGUCGAGAAAUAAGACUCGAAAAGGAACAAUCUCAUAUUAUUACCGGGGCAAGUGUAUAUCUCUACGCAUAUAUGAUUCCUCUCAAUAAAAACGGG